AAAUGGAAGUUCAAAAAAAAAAAAAAUCUAUAAAAGAUAUAAAUCAAGCGCGAACCUCUACUCUAUGAGCUGAAGCAGAGAGCAGUGUUCCAAUAGGAAAACAAUGGCGACUCGCGGGCUGCUCGGAGCGAUCGGUAGAAGAGCUUCCCCACUCUCUGUCUGCCGAUAUCUGUCCUUCACUUCCGCUUCAAGAACUAUAAGUACAUUAGUUAUAGCUGAACAUGAAGGUGGUUCCAUCAAAGCUUCAUCAGUGAAUGCGGUAGAGGCAGCAAAGUUGCUUGGCCAUGACAAUUCGAUUUCUGUGUUGCUGGCUGGGUCAGGCCAGUCCCUCCAAGAAGCUGCUUCUACUGCUUCUUCAUGUCAUCCUUCCAUUUCACAGGUACUUGUAGCCGAUUCGGAUAGAUUUACGCAUUCUCUUGCUGAACCUUGGGCCAGGCUCAUCCAACUGGUUCAGCAAACGGGGGUAUACUCUCACGUGGUCGCUGCAUCUGGUUCGUUUGGGAAGAAUAUUGUUCCUCGAGCUGCUGCCCUCUUGGAUGUCUCUCCGGUGACUGACGUUACAGAAAUUUCAGAACCUCGGCAAUUUGUCAGGCCUAUCUAUGCUGGAAAUGCUCUCUGCACUGUUAGGUACACAGGUGCUGACCCUUGUGUGUUGACGAUCCGAUCGACAUCAUUUCCAGUGGACCUGCAAGCAGCUGAUUCAAAAUCUAAUGAAGCCCCCAUUUCUCAGGUUGAUCUCUCAACCUUUGAGGAAGAGUCUAUUGGUAAAUCUCGAUACGUGAAGCUCGCCUCUCAAGAUACGGAACGUCCUGAUCUUGGAAAUGCACGGAUCGUGGUCACUGGUGGGAGGGGAUUGAAAAGUUCUGAGAACUUCAAGAUGAUAGAGAAGCUUGCAGAGAAGCUUGGUGCUGCAGUUGGAGCUACACGAGCUGCUGUAGAUUCAGGAUUUGUUCCAAAUGACCUUCAGGUCGGUCAAACCGGGAAAAUUGUUGCUCCAGAACUGUACAUGGCUUUCGGAGUUUCAGGUGCCAUUCAGCACAUAGCUGGCAUGAGGGACUCCAAGGUCAUUGUUGCUGUAAAUAAAGAUUCAGAUGCUCCUAUUUUUCAGGUAGCUGAUUACGGGCUUGUGGGAGAUCUCUUUGAGGUGAUACCGGAGUUGAUAGAGAAGCUUCCCGAGAAGUAGACCUUGCCCAGUUUAUCGAUCCCCAACACCAAUGUUAUUAUCUAUUUCAUUAAAUGUAAACUUCAUUAAUAAUGGAUAAUGUGCAGAAUCAUUGGAACAAAGAAUGAAGCUGCUUCUCCCAUUUUGUCGAUCA